AUGGUUGCAGGCAAAAAUCUGGCCGAUUGUAAGAGCAUCAGAACUGUCGAUUCCCUCCUCCUUUGGCAAGCAGCCCAGACAAAGGUUCCUACUGAGAGCUGUCAGCAGGAUCAAGGGGUUCACUACGAGAAGGCAGCUACCCAUUCUUCCCUCUGGGCCAACACGAUGGAAGAUGAGACUGAGGACUAUGAGAACUACGAGAACUACUACUAUACAGAAGCAAAUCAGGACACCAACCUCCAGCAGGAGCUCUCGGAGGAAUUUAGCUGGAUGGAGAAAUCUGUAGGCGACUUCGCUUACAGGAGAGACUCAUGCUACUCCAUCCCCUGCAAGAAUGGUGGUACGUGUGAAGCCAAGGGAAGUGACUUCAGCUGUCACUGCCCCAAGCCAUAUGGUGGGACUACAUGUGAAAAAGUGGAGGACAUGUGUCUGGAGAAGAACUGCCACUUUGGUGACUGCCUGAUUACAUUAACCCCACCCUAUUUUAAGUGCAGCUGCAAGCCUCCCUACAAGAGACCCUCCUGCCAGCGUGCAUCCAAACAGUGCAGACCAAACCCUUGCAAAAAUGGAGGCACCUGCAUACGGAACAGAUACAGAUCAAAAUUCACCUGCAAGUGCCCUGAACCUUUCAGAGGGAGAUUCUGCGAGAUCGGACCAAAUGAUUGUUAUGAAGAGGACCCCUCUACUUACAGAGGUAGAGUGAACCAAGCAGAAAAUGGCAGGACCUGCCUGCACUGGAAUUCCCACCAUCUCUUGGACCAUCCUUUUAAUGCCUUUAUGGAGGAUGCUGACACACAUGGCAUUGGUGAACACAACUUCUGCAGGAAUCCUGAUGAGGAUGAAAAACCCUGGUGCUACAUCAGGAAAAAUAAUGAAGUGGAUUGGGAAUACUGUGAUGUUUCACUCUGCGCAGCUGAAGAGACCCCAACAGAACCCCCUACAGACCCCCCUGAAGUAUUCCAAACAUGUGGACAACCAGAAGUUCGUAGGACACUCAAGAAGAUCUAUGGUGGAUCCAAGGCUACACCUGGAAAACAUCCCUGGAUGGCAUCUCUGCAGAUACAGACUCCAGAUGGGAAUAAACAUUUCUGUGGUGGAGUGCUAAUUAAAUCAUGCUGGGUUCUUACUGCUGCACACUGCCUUGAAAACCUAGAAAGAAAGAUCCAAGUAGCCCUUGGCAAACAAAACCUCAAGAAGAAAGAGGAUCAUGAGCAAAUAUUUGAUGCAGUGGAAGUAAUUUUACAUGGCAAAUACAGAGAGACGGGUCACGCCCUAUACAAUGAUAUUGCACUGCUUAAACUGCAGCCUGUUGAUGGUUACUGUGCAGUGGAAACAAAGUAUGUGAAAAUAGCAUGUCUCCCAGACUUCUUCCUUCCUGCUGGGACUUCCUGCUUCAUUGCUGGAUGGGGUGACACAGAGACAGGUGACCCAUCCAAUCAGCUGUUAGAUGCCAAUGUCAGGCUGAUUUCACAGACGAAAUGCAAUGAACCCAACUUACAUCAAGACAAACUGGAUGACAGCAUGUUUUGUGCAGGACGUCUUCGGAAACCCGGAAUUGAUUCUUGUCAGGGAGACUCUGGAGGCCCACUGACUUGUGUAGCAAAUGGCUCCUACUACGUAUAUGGCCUUGUGAGCUGGGGAGAGGGAUGUGGGUUAAAAAACAAGCCAGGAGUUUAUACCCAGGUGACAAAAUUUGCCAGUUGGAUUAACGCUGUAAUUCAGUAUUCAUCAAGGUCACGUCAGUAGGAGAGAGCUUUGGAAUGACAAAUGAAUUUCUGAAGCAUCAGGAUUGACUCCAGCUUGCUGAGAUCCUUCUGUCCCCAACUGGUCCUGUAAAAUCACAAUCCAAAAAAUUGUGAAACCUGCCAGUAGAUAGGGGAGGGCUUAAACUAUUAUUCUAUGACAGUAUUUUCAGAUUAAAAAUUACACAACUGGCAAAAAAUAGA